AUGGCACUGCCGUUGACCCCAGAGCCCCUUGACUUUAGCAAGAAGGUCAACCGCAGGCUCUGCUGCCGGCAGGUCCGACGACGAUGCGACGAGCUCAUGCGCACCGACGACCCCGAGGGGUUAGCCAAACAUGUUGACUAUGUCAAACCUGUGCACAAGAUGCUUAAGUACUACGGAUGGAGGGAUAAGGGCAAGGCUGGCGAAGAAGCCUGGAUCCCCACAUGGAACAGCCGUGGCCAAUUUAAGGCUUGGAUAUCCACCAAUUCAAAGAAUCUGCUCAUCUCUAUCCACUUGGCCGAGCACUUCAGCGUCAUCCGCCUCUCGAUUCGCUUUCCAGGCCUCCGCCAGUCUCUUCUGUCUUCAUGUUGUCCUCUUCUGUCUUCUACCUCGUUCCCACUCUCGCCAGAAAACCAUGAUGGCGAUAACGAAGGCCAAAUCGAGUCCCGUGUCCAGAGUUUUGAGCUCUGCUUCCAUGCCGACUUUGCCGGCACGCCCGACCCCAUCUCCCUGCACUUGUACUCCUCCUCUUCCUCUCCCGUCUUAUCCACGUCCUCCAUCAUAUCCAACGCCAGCAGUGUUGUCUUAUAUCGAUAUAAGCCGGCACCCUUGUUGAAGACGCCGCCGCCGCCCUUCUACGAACUGCCAUAA